AUGGCGCUGAUAGACCUGUUCCAUGAGAGGUUCAUGAACCACCGCGUCCCUGCCCACAAGCGGUACCAGCCCACGGAGUAUGAGCACGCCGCCAACUGUGCGACUCAUGCUGUGAGUCAGCGUGGGGAGGGGUCGGUGCGGCGGGUGGGUGGGGAAGGGAUGGUGGAACACUGCCUGCAUAUGUCCGACCGGAUGGUCAUCUACUUCUUCAUAGCAGCCUCCUACACACCCUGGCUGACCCUUCGGGAGCUGGGCCCCUGGGCCUCCCACAUGCGCUGGCUGGUCUGGAUCAUGGCCUGUGUGGGCACCAUAUAUGUCUUCUUCUUCCAUGAGCGGUACAAAGUCCUGGAGCUGCUCUGCUACAUCGUGAUGGGCUUCUUCCCUGCUCUGGUCAUUCUUUCCAUGCCCAACACAGAGGGCAUCUGGGAGCUGAUGACGGGCGGUGCCUUCUACUGCUUGGGCAUGGUGUUCUUCAAGAGUGACGGGAGGAUCCCCUUCGCCCACGCUAUCUGGCACCUCUUUGUGGCGUUUGGUGCUGGCACCCACUACUAUGCCAUCUGGAGGUACCUGUAUGUGCCCAGCACCCUGCAAGUCAAGGUGUCCAAAUGAGGUGGCAGUGCACACUCCACGGUGCACCUCGGCUCUUGGGAGCAGAACACAGUGGGUGUAUCCCUGCGAACCCCAGCCCACACCCUCUGCCCUCCCACAGGGAGAACUCUUGAUGGGUCUGAGGUUCCCUCUGGCGACAGCCAGCCAGACCGUCGCUCUGGUCCCAGGUGAGAACCCAGAUGUUUAGUCCCGCGUGCUGAAGAGAGCUGUUUCUGAAUAUAGCCUGGAGGCAACCCGG